GCAGAUGCUGCACUCCAGCGCCCGCUGCACCGCCCAGCCACCCAUUCUAGAGGCCCAUUUCUUGGAAACUAAUACCACUACUCCUCGGCUAGCUGCAGCCUCCCAUCUUUUCCAGAUCUAAGAGCGAGCGAGAGAGGAGCGGAGAAGGCGCGAGAGAGUAGGCGCACUCGAAGUUCACGUUCACGGCGCCUGGAAGCUGCAGCCCGAAAAUUGUCCUGUUAGUACGAGAAAACUAUUGACAGGCGAAAGGUCUAAAAUUGCUCAUAUUCUGGCAGAAAAAGCAGAUUGGCUUCAAAAGUCUGACAGCCGCAAUGGCUCACGUUCAGCUCAACGCAGGAAAUGGGCAAACACCAAGCAACGGGAAUAAUGUCGAGGAUAAUGAACCCUAUCAAAUAAGUGACGAUGAUUUGGAUGACCUGGAUGAUGAUUGCUUGCUCGAGGAGGCAGAUACUUCUGGGGCAGGCAAUAAUGUGGGACGUGGUCCUUAUGAGCGUGCUUGGACCACAGAGGCCACCAGAGCAUUGAUUCACAUACGCGGUCCCAUGGAGGGUAGCUUUACAGAGGGCAGACAAAAACGGACUGCUCUUUGGCUGCACUGCACUCGGCAACUACAGCGACUGGGAUUUCGCUACUCCGCCGCAAAAGUGCAGAAGAAGUGGCAUAACAUCCUCAUCACAUACAACAAGAAUCUGAACAAAAAAUACGUAUCCGGCUAUGUGCACUGGGAGUUCUUCGAAGAGAUGUUCAAGUAUCUGCAGGGAAAGAAGGCCGACUUUGAUAUGCACUUGCCACAACAGCCUUCAAAUGCGCCACAAGCUCCACAUUCUGCAAAUGGGCAAAACCCGAACCCGGGAAUUCCCCAGCAACCUUUACAGCUUCAACCUACUCCGGUGAGCCUAAAGCCUGGAACACCCCAAAUGCAGCUGCAACUUCCACCCCAGACUGCGGCCAAGGACAGCCAGCCGUAUAUUACACCUGUGGAUCAGGUCCUGCUGCAGGCCCAGAUGAAUCUGGACAGCAAGUCCAACGAUGAGUUCGAUGAAGAUAGCAACAGCAUGUCGGAGGUAGUCCGUCAACCCAAAAUGGAGUACGAUGGCGAUCAAGCUGCGGAGGCGGAACGUACAAACGAUAGCAGCCAACAUCUGGAAGUUAAUGGCAAGCUAUACGAUCUCGCACGACCCAUGGGCUCGCACCAAGCUCCUGGCAUUCCCGAUGACAUAUGGUGGAAGGAUUACUUUGAAAGAAAACUGGAGGUGGAGCGGGAGAAGAUAGAGCUGCAACGAAAUCUACAGCGCGAACAGGUGCAGAUCCAAAAAAUGUCGCUGGUGCAGCAGGAGCGCAUUGAGCGCAUGAAGAUCGAUGCCAUCAACAGCCUGACGGGCACGCUGCAAAAGUUGGUGGAGGCCAAGUGUCGCCGGGCCUAAGAUGAAUCUGUUCCCUCCCAGUAAAUUUCGAUAACUUUAGGCUUCGAUUCGUCUGUAUCUAGUUGUGUGUGUAAAUACAAUUUCGGCCA